AUGAUCUUAAUUUACAAGAAGAUUAAGAAGCGCAAUGAAAAGAAGAAGCUAGAGGCACGGCAGUCUCAAGCAGGGCAUCAUGAAGCGUCUAUUAUCGUCAACGAGGGCCCGUUGAAAGCAACAUCCGAUAUAGCACCCGAGACACAACAAGAACCCUCACCAGAGGAAAAGAUCGAAAAAAAAAGAAGACGAGUCUACCGUUGGAAACUCAUUCUUGGUCUCUUUGGCCCUUUCUGUCUCCAAUCGCUGGAUACUACCAUCAUUGCCUCUGCGUUGCCAUAUAUCGCCGAAGACUUUGGCCAAGUCAGUCAGCUAAACUGGAUUAUCUCGGCUUUUAAUUUGACCUCCGCCGCAUCCCUGUUCUUUUGGGCUCAACUUUCAGAUUUAUUUGGCAGACAUAACACCCUACAGGCCGCUAUAUUCACCAUGGUGGUUGGCUCAGCGAUAUGCACCGGCUCUCCAACCUCGACGUUCAGUGUUCUUCUCCUCGGUCGUGCAUUACAGGGUGUCGGUGCCGCUGGAGUGAAUAUCUCCGUCCGCACAAUUCUAGCAGAUGGUGUCUCCCUCUCGGAGUUCGCUGUCAACUGGACGAUCUUUGCGCUCGUGUCAGGCAUCGGUUUCAGUAUCGGCCCAGUCAUUGGAGGAUACUUGACUACCGCAUCAUGGCGGUGGUGUUUUGCUAUCAAUUUACCGAUUGGCGUGGUGGCCAUGGUUCUGGUUGUCUUUGUUCUUCGCAAAGAUCUUCAGGGUCCACAACCUCUUCCACAAUUGGAAGGUAGGGACCUCUCCACCGCUCCUCGACGUUUCGUGGCGCGGAUUGCAACCAUCGACUUCGGUGGCCAGAUGCUUUUCCUCUGGGGAUUUGGACUUCUCAUUCUGGCGUUGACGUGGGCCGGUGGAAACUAUGCAUGGAACUCUGCUGCCGUCCUCGCUCCGAUUAUUAUAGGCGCCAUUUUAUCGAUCAGUUGGGUCAUCUAUGAGCGUCUCAUGGCUCCUGGUGCUUUGAUUGCGCGUGCUUUACCCCGCCAAAAGGCUAUGAUGCCAUGGAUACUGAUCUCACAGCGUGAUAUCGGCUUGCUAUUCCUUAUCAACUUCUCUAUGGGAGUGUCGAUGUUUGCCGUCAUGUAUUUUAUGGACUUGUACUUUGCACUUGUGGAAGGGAACAGCUCCAGCAAAGCCGGAACCUCUCUCCUAUAUUUCUUGCCAGGCUUAGGUGCUGGCGUCUACAUGGCAAUGUUCUCAUCCAACAUUUGGCCUCGCCAAACUCUCCCGGCUCUUAUGCUCGGUAGUCUGGCCUCGGCAGUCGGAAUCACUGUUCUGGCCUGGGCAGUCAAAGCCGCCCAAACAAACACCAUAUACGGCAUGAUGGCCGUAGUAGGCUUCGGCAUCGGAAGUCGCAUGAACCCAGGAUCUUUACACGGUCUUGCCUACUUUCCAGCUAUGACAGCUCAGAUUUCAUGUUUGGUGUCCUUUGCUCUUCCUUUUGGUGGUCUCGUGGGAUUGACAAUCAUGUCUACGGUUUUCACAAAUAAAAGUGGAAUGGACGAGUCAGAUCCUAAGAAAGGGAUUAUGUGGGCAUUUAUUGCUAUGAUGCCUUUUAUGUGGAUCUCUGUGGUCUUGACUACUUUCCUUGGAAAUGUGUGGAUUAAGAAGGAUGGUGGGCAUGAAGUUGUUAAUGGCGCUUAUCUGUGGAGUUUUGUUACUCGGAAGAAGCUUACAAGGGAGAGACGGGAUCGGGGUGAGGGUGUGAGGUCGGCGAAUGGUGAGAAAGAGCGCACUGAUGUUGAAAUGGCUCCCCAGCCUGUUGCUGAACAAGAUGAAGAGGACCAUGAUAUCUUUCGGGCUUAA